CUCACACGCUCGUCACACUCUCAGGUGCAGCAGCGAGUGGUGGAGGCGGCGUUGCGUCUGGCCAACCAAUCGCAGCACGCCAUGUCAGCAGUCGAGAAGCUGGAUCUGCUCCACCCAUUGGUCCAGCAGCUGCAAGGGGUGGCAGGGGAGGGAGAAAUUGGAGCAGAAGGGGGAGGUGAUACUGGUGCGGGUAGAUCUGGGGGAGGUGCAAAUGAGGAUGGAGGGGACGCUCUGGCUGCACUAGCAGCAUGUGAACUCAUAUCAGAGUUUGUGAACAGCAGCGUGGGGGCGCAACUGCUUGAACCCCGCAUUGAUGAGAUUCACAGCGCACUCAUCCAGAUCUGCAAGGCGGAUGAGGUGGCAGCGCUGUUCAAUAGCAUCUGUGAGGCGUGGGAGCGCAGUGAGGAGCACGUACCAGUGGAAAUGGCGGAGGGGUACUUUGAUGCGCUGACCACCUAUGCACGCUCCACCCACGGCUCUCGUCUGCUGCUGCAUCCCCGUCGCCACGUCAUCACCUUUGUGCUCAAACAUGCGUUUGGGGGCAGUGGGCCCCACCCCUCCCUGCACACUGCGUCCUUGCAUGCAUUGGCUUCCGUCUUUGGAGCAGACAGAGUGGAGGGUAGCGAGCCAGUGCAGAUGGUGCCGGUGCAUGGCACCCACUCGGGAAUCAGCGGGGUGGAUGAGGGAAAGGAUCCAGAGGGGGGUGGGGGGGGUGGCAUGGGUGUGGAUUUGGAGGUGGGGGGGGACGGGGAGUCGAAGUUGAAAGAGGAGACGUUUGCCGCUGCUGCUAAAGCGCCGGGAGGACCCACCCUGGCGGUGUAUCGCCUGCUGGCAGUGGUGGUGGAGAGGGAGUGGGCGGCAGUGGAGCUGUGUGGUGAUUGGACGCUGGUGCAGCUGGUGACAGACGCACAGGCAGAGAGGCACAAGACAGCCAUGGAUUGGAGGCACUCGUGCUGUGUGGCCAUGGCAACAGCGGCAGAGGCACAACAUGCGUCCAUCUCGUUCAACUGCUCGGCUCAGCCGAAGCGGUGCGCAGGGGACCUUACCUGACGCCACGGGAGAUAGAACCGCGCCCCAUUGUUGUUACUGAUGAGAGACCGCCCACG